UUCUCUAGCUAUGGGUACCUGUGCCAAGCUUGACCAAGAGCUCCAGUCUUCAUGACCUCUUUCUCUCCCACAGGAUGGUCCUGUCCAGCCCCACCCAGAAACGUGACACUGCUCUCCCAGAACUUUACAGUGUACCUGACAUGGCUUCCAGGGCUUGAUAGCCCCCCGAAUGUGACCUAUUUCGUGUCCCACAAAAGCUAUCCCAGGUUCCAACAUUGGCAAGAUGUGCAGCAGUGUUGGGGUACCAAGGCUCUGGUGUGUCCCCUCAUGUGCCUGAAGAAUCAGGAUCCGUACAACAAGUUCAAAGGGCGGGUGAAGGCAGUUUCUGCCUGUGGCAGUUCCCCACACGUGAAGUCCAAGUACCUGUUUUACCUUUCUGACGUGGAGCCAGGCCCUCCCACCCUUGUGUUGACCCAGAAGGAAAGGGUCCUAUGGGUCAAUGCUACCUACCAGCUGCCACCUUGCAUGUCUUAUCCGGACCUGAAGUAUGAGGUGCAAUUCUGGAAGGAGGGCAUGGAGCUCAAGACACAGUUCAAUGACACUGAACACAAUAAACCCAUCAAGAUCCCUCUCCAGCACGGUGCUAGUGGACGCCACUGCCUCAGGGCCAGAACCAUCUACACCUUUACUGUCCCCAAGUACAGCAACUUCUCUGAGCCCAGCUGCAUCUCUAUAGAGGCCCCAGGAGCCAACUGGGCUGUCCUGACACUGCCCUUACUCUUGCCUCUGCUGGUAGCAGCUGCUGCAGUGGGUGUGAUCUGGAAGAGACUGAAAGAGGACCCCUGGUUUCAGUGGGUAAAGGUGCCUCAAACACUGAACUUUUCUGAAUACAGAUAUCCCGUGACAACCUUUCAGCCCAGUGCACCUGAGUUCCCAGAUGACCUGAUCCUCUGUCCCCAGAAAGAACUGACCAUAAGGAUCAGACCUGUCCCUCGAGUCAGAGACCCAGGCACGCUACAGGCAGAUCCAGAAGAGGACAACACCGAGGAUGAAGAUGAGGACACAGAUGACAGUGACAGUAGUAUCCAGCCCUAUGUGGAACGGCCCCUCUUCAUGAGGGAGAAGCUCCAGAUUAUGGGGCACUCGGAGACAGCUGAGUCUGGGGUAGGUUCAGGGGGAAGUGAAGAUUCAUCUGCCUGGGACUCUUCAGACAGGAGCUGGUCCAGCACAGUGGACUCCUCCCUUAAAGAUGAAGCUGGAUCUUCCGGCUAUUUGGACAAGAAGGAGCCAGACCAAGAGCCUGAUGAGGAUGGGCACCAGGAGGCUCUCCCAUGCCUGGAAUUGUCUGAGGACUUGGGCACCGUCAAAGAGCUUCUGAAAGAUGACCUCUCCAGGUGGGGAAUUUGGGGUUCCUCAUCUCCAAAGAGAGAUCUGAUUCCUGGGGAGCCCCCAGUUUCUCUUCAGACACUGACUUUCUCCUGGGACAGCCACUCUGAGGGAGAGGAGGGGGAGGAAGAGGAGGAGGAAGAGGAGGAAGAGCUGGAUGCCUGGGAAUCAGAACCCAAGGGAGGGGACACCUCAAGCCUGCAGAGGACAGAGGGCGGGGACAGGAGGCUGGGAGAUUAUAUGGCCAGGUGAGUCGGCCCUGGUGGCCAAUCUAGUCUGGUAUUGCUACCUCUACUGCACUUCCCGGGGACCAGAGACACCUCCAGGUCUCGAGCCAUGUCCCUUCCUGAGGUAAUCAAAGUCCUGGCCACCAUUUGUGGCUCACUCAUGGGCUCUUUGUCAUUUGGAUCCAGCUGUAAGAUGUCACCAUUUCCUAUGACCUACCUGCUAUAGGUGACCUGUGAGAGGGAUAGAGCUGUGGUCAGAGACUAGUUGAGUUCCUGUCUGCCCAUUGUCCCAGGAUUGACAGACCUUGUAGAAAAUGAAACAGGUGAAGCCAGGUGGCUGUGGACCCCAAGGAUUAACACACCCUAGUCCAUAAAUCAUGUAUAGCAUUGUACAAAACAGACCUCAGAUCAAAUCCCAGCUCUGCCAUUUACUAGUAGUAACCUGAGCAAGCCACUCUCAGUCUCUGUGCCUCAGUUUCCUCUUCUGCAGCUGUCACGUGGAUAUGAUGAGGAUUCAGGGAGUUUUCAGGUAUGUGUGGCAUGAGGUCACCACCUCACUUGUAUCAUCUGCACACUAGAACCCUCCAUCUGUUGAGACUCCUAGAAGGCCCCAGACAUCUCUCACCAGAGACCCCCUAAGCCAAGAGUGACAAGAAUGCCUACCUUCUGACAUGUCUACCCCAUGUCUAGGUCACCCCAUCCCUUCCUUGUCACCUUCACACCUUCUAGUCAGGGCCUCCCUGAAAACAGAGCCCAACCAACUUUACUUCCUUCUUGAACAUAAUCCACCUUCCAGGGGCCAGAUUUGUCAGCCCAGGGAGGAAGCUGCACUCCUGCCUUGAUGUCCUUUGUGGAUGGCUUUGUGACAGUUUUUUGACUGUUGUGGUCAUAAUUCAGUCUUAGUGUCUGAGAAACCAGUAUCUUUUGGGAACAGGUGACUGUCCUUUUGAGGGAGUGAUGUAUGUCAUUGAUUUGCAGAUGAGCAUAGCUGUCACUCAUAGAACCGAAGUCUUUGUGUCUGAGAAUCUAAACAGUCCUGGGCCUAGGUCCGGCCCCCACCCUUUCACUAGCACUUUAUUCUGUGAUGCAAAAAAGACCCUACAACUGCUUUACCCACAAUGCUGUGUGGUUUUGAGUCUGGCAUAAAGCUACAGCCUUACAGAGCACAUGUGAGGUCACCCCUUAAAGGCAUCUAAUCCAGGGGUUCUUCAACUCAUUCCCAAAGGCCUUUGGGAACCUGGGAUCUUCCCCCUCAUUGAACUGAUCUACACACAGUGGCCUUGCAUAGAAGGUGUGUUGAGGGGGGUUCACAACUAACAAAGUGUUCUCAAAGCACUAUCUUCAUCUCUGUCAGGUUUCAAACAAAGGGCCUCAAGUGCAACAUGGCAAGGCUCUUGUUGAAGUUACCUGGCAAGGCUGUCCUAAUGACUUAAUAUGUGUGAUCCCAAGAGUUUCCAGAGUCAUCAAACUGACAGGUCUUUGCCACCACCUCUGGGACACACACACACACACACACACACGCACGCACGCACGCAC